UCGAACUCGGGUCUCGCUAACCACUCAAACACCGUGCAGCUGGACUAAAAAAAAUAUGAAAAAAUAUUAGCCACUAUAUGACCUCUCAUGGACAACUUGACAUGCUAAUGCUAAUGAAAUGGUCCAAUGCCGGACAAUGAAAAACGGGACUUUUCCGUCACUUUUUAUAAACAGGACAUGUCCUGGGAAAACAGGACGUUUGGUCACCCCAUAUGUGUGUAUUUCAAAUAAUGAAUUCAUAGACGGCGCCUUGCUGGUGUCAUCAAAUAUUUCUGCCAUGAGGUAUGCAAACCACGCCUAAGACAAAUAUGGGAAUCGGCCCCUGAACUGGUUCUUUACUAUUUUCUUAUUUAAACACAGGAAGUCGUUAGCAUUGAAGAUGCAUGCAUGUUAGCUUCAACACGGUGAUCAAAGACUUUAGCCCACACAUUGAAAAAAAUGAAUUUUGGAAAAAUUCUACAAACCGUUGGAGAAUACGGAAUUUUCCAGAAGCUUAUUCUUAGUGGAUUAACAAUUCCGAAUAUAGUCAUGGGUACUUCUAUGUGUAGUUUUCUUUUCAUACAGUCGGAUCCAGAACGACGUUGUAACACAGACUGGAUCCUGAAGGUUGCUCCCAACUUGACGUCGGAUGAGCAGUUGAACCUGACUAUUCCUCUGGAGCGGAACGGUUCCUUCAGCCGGUGCCGCAUGUUUGUUCCGGUGGACUGGGACAUCAGUACCAUUAAGGCGAAUGGACUCAAUGAGACCACGGUGUGCCAGAAUGGUUGGAAGUACUACGACACCAUGUACGAGUCCACCAUUGUUACCGAUUUUGAUCUGGUCUGUGACAGGUCCAACAUCCUGACAGUGGUCAAGACCGUUUUCAUGGCUGGUAUACUUGUUGGUUCUUUCAUCUUUGGACCGAUUGUUGAAUCAUUUGGUCGUCUGAGAACAACGCAGAUCCCUGUUUUGCUCCUGAUGGGGUCCACCUUCUUGGUUGGUGCGGCUCCAAAUAUCUACGUCUACAUUGUGGCACAGUUCCUGCUCGGAGCUGCUCGUGCAGCUUAUAGAAUUAACGCCACUGUGUUAGCUACAGAGUGGAUUGGGGUCACCAAAAGAUCUUUUGCCUCCUGUUUGUGCCAAAUGUUUGCCGCACUGGGACAAUGUGUCAUGGCCGGACUGGUCUACGUUGUUCGUAACUGGAGAAUAGCACACUAUGCCAUCGGAGCGGCGUAUUCUCCUCUUGUCCUCUACAUGUGGUGGAUUCCUGAAUCCGCAAGGUGGUUGUUGACUCAAGGAAGAAUUGAGGAAGCUAAGAUAUUGAUCCGGAAAGUCGCAUUAAUAAAUAAACAGGAAGUCCCAGAGGAAACGCUGGACAGAAUGUUACGUGAUCAUGAGGAAAAAGACAUUGAAAAAGGAUCAAUAAAAAUAAUUUUUACUAUAAAAAGCCUGCUGAAAUAUUUAUUAAUUAUAUGUUUUGUCUGGUCUUCAGCGUUGAUCAGCUACUUCUGUCUUAAUCUCAAUGUGGAUAAAUAUGGAUUAAGCAUCUUUCUGGUUCAAUGCCUGUUUGGAUUCUCGGAAAUACCCGCACAUCUUCUCUGCAUCUGGUUUUUGGAAUUAUUAGGAAGGAAACCAUCCUUGAUUAUAACCCCGAUGACAGGCGGGUUUUUUUGUCUCUUAACCUUGGCUUUCUCUCAAGACAACCCUGUUGCCAUUACAGCUCUUCUAACCACAGGGAAGUUCUUCUUGACCUGGGCUACGUCAGCAUGUAUGGUCUACGCUCAGGAACUGUUUCCUACUUCGAUCAGGCAAAGAGCCUUUGGCUUGGCGGCCAUGUUUUCUCGAGCAGCAUGUCUCCUCUGUCCGUCAAUCAACACGUUGGCUUUUUAUCACUGGCAGUUACCCACCAUCGUCUUCAGCACACUUGCCGUAGUCAGCGGAUUUUUGGUUUUCUUCCUUCCUGAAACCCGGGGCAAAGAACUGCCUGAUUCUACCACUGAUGUCGAGGGCAACGAAAAUAUGAUUAACCCAGAACCAGGAAGUGACUCCGGAUCGACUGAACAGGCCGGCAUAAAAUCAACCAAAUUUUAGUAUGAAUUUGACUGUAUACAGGGUGUAUUUGUGUGUACCAUGUACUACUAUCGUUGAAUAUAUUAUUUCAUUUUCAUCUUCUGUACUUCCAGGAACUCAUGAUCAUGUAUGUUUAAUGGGUUCUGCUGGUUAUCUACAACAGGGCUCCCCAACACCUGGUCAGUAAAGUUACUGUAAUGGUUCACACAAGUGGCACACUUGGUCGCCAGAAAAACAGCCUUUUAUUGCAGGUUUCCCUAAUCAAAACAUAGAUUACUGUUGCUUAAAUACUCUUAUUAUGUAAACUUUAUUGGGUAAUAAGAGUCUCAUUUCAAGUCUAGAGGGCUCCAAUCAUGUUAAA